CUGGGAUCAUGACCUGAGGCGAAGGCAGACGCUUAACGACUGAACCACCCAGGCGCCCAACACAACCUUGUCCUGCUGAGACAUCUUGCAUCUCCAAACAUGGAGAGAGGUAAUAAGAAUUGAAAAACAACAAGAAAAAAAAAUUGAUGUGAAUUUAUUUUCAUUGUAAAAGAAUGCACAAUAUCUAAGCACACCUCUUUUUGAGGGGUAACACAAAACGGCACCGACGUUGGACACCUCUUGGGUUAGCAGGUGGAAAGCUAGGGAAGGCUUCCCACAUGCUCCUGUGUGAGGGCUGCAGUCAUGUGGUGUGACGCUGCAGUCAGGGGCCAAAGUGCCCUCGUGCGGGCACAAGGACCCAUCAAGGCCAUGAGGCUUUCACACUGUUGCUACUUUGGUCCUCGCUACAGGGCAGGGAGGGGGCCAGGGCAAGCCAGCUUUCCUAAGGGAGGCUGAGCUUCAGGGGUGGCCCCGUGUCAAAGGUCCAGGCGGUGGCCAAGCCAGGCCUCCUGACCUCAUCAGCCCCACAUUCUUCCCCUGGGGCCACCCUGCCUCCUCCAUCUUUCUAUCAGCCCCUACACUUUGUUCUGCAUAGGCAUCAGGUGUCGCUCUCCCCCAGGAGACACCAUCUGGCUUUCUGUCUUCAGGGGAGGGAAGGUGGAGGGCAAUGAGGGGAUCAGGUUUUAGUCAGCUGUUCUCUCAGUGCCUUGAAUAAAGCCAGGCCCACAGAGUGCUCAACUAAUGUGGAGAGAAUGAGUGAUGUGAACUACCCCAGCUGGAAUUCUCCAGAACAUGACAGGUGGGAGGAUGCAGCCUCCUGAGCAGAGAGACCUGGGAGGGUGCUGGUUCCAUCCCCCAAGGGCACACUGAGAGGGCAGAGAAGAGUGAAGCCGGGUCUGCAGACAGGGACCCUCUACCGGAACUCUACCAUGACCCCAGGUGUUAAAACCCCAGGGCUGGCCCCACGGGUCUCAUCUUCCAUUCACUCCGUGCCCGGGGCCUGCUACAGCCUCAUGUCUGAGCUGAAGCUCCUUCACCAGGGCACUUCCAUCACCUUCCCAUUACCACACCCCACUGCUGGCUUUCUGACCUUCAUUGGAGAGCCCCACAGCAACCUCCCUUCUCGGGCCCUCUCCCCCAGCACCAAAUCUCUCAGGCAGCGUUCACCUGACUCCUGCCCUUGGCCUGCUCAUGAUGUGUGGUGUUUUUCUGGGUCCCUGGAGGGUCCCCUUCCAAAGGCCUCUCAUCAGCAACUUCGGCUUUCAUCCUCACUGGAGGCCAAAGACCAAGCCCCCUUAUUGGGCUGCGGAUCCGGCACGUCCGCUGCCACUCAUCAUUUCCCUCCAGGUCUCACAGGCAAUCGUCCCAAACAAAACUCCUCACCUUCUCCCUGGAAAACUGCUCUUCAGCCUGUUUCCCUCACCUUUGUUGGCAGCAACACCAUUCCCCCAAGCCCUCAAGCAAGAAACCGGGGAACCAUCCUCACCGCUCCUUUCCUGACCCUCACGACCCAGGGGCCCCUAAGUCCCGUCAAUCCCAGCUUCUGCUCUCUCUCCACCUGUUCUCCUGCCCCCCCUUGUCUCCAGCUACGUUUGCUCCUAUCUGGACUCCCUGACGCCAGCCUUAAUCCUCUCCCUAUCCACCUUCUACCUGCCAACACAGCGAAUCUGCUCACUUCAGAGUCUGAUGGCGUCGGCACUGUCCGAAGGCCCCUCACCGCCUGGCUCCUGUCAACGCCCCCUCCGCCCCCCCGGUUGGCUCUAGGACUACUGAAAUCUUCCCAAGAGUCAUCCCAGGUGGGGCUCCUCCCUGGGAACAUCCCACUGCCUAGAAGGCACACCCCCCUGCACGCGGCUGGCCAACUCUACCCAUCCUGUCAGGCAAAGCCAAGACUUCCCAGAAAGCCUCUCCUGGAAACCCUCCUCACCAGUACACCCUGCCCUGCAACUGAAGCCCAAUCCUUCUGCUACCUCUACCACACGAAAUCAUAAUUCACUUGCUGACCGGCCUGCCUGUUAUUAGGGCGGUAGUUUGUUGAAUGAAAUAAGUGCUAUUUCACCGAAUCUGAUACGACAUCAAUUUUAAGUUUACUAUUAAGUACCACUAAGGAAAAAACAGUGCCAACUCAACCACACCAUCCACUGUGUAAAGGACACAGCACAAGCGUAUAGAGGUUAAUGUGAAAACGUGUGCACUUUAAACUGAUGAGCUAUGGUAAUGAGCCACGUUUACAGCCAUGGAUGUGGGUGGAAGGUCUGUCCAACCAUUCUAGGAGAGCAGUGUGAAAAGGGCUUCAAUCGGGGCAGCGAGCUGGCAAAAACCAAGCCAGGGUGGAGAGAUGGCACAGGGCACCUGGAGGCUGGCCAGGCAGUGGGGGCCACC